AUGGAGGUGUUCGACGAAGUGCACUUCGUGCGGCUCCGGUGCCAGGUGCGGCGGACCAAGUACAUGGCGGCGGACGACGACGGGCACGGCGUGUGCCUGUCCAGCCAGCGCGGCGCGCACAACACGGUGUGGGCGGUGCAGCCCAUGGAGGGCGCGGAGGGCGGGCCCUUCGUCCUCCUCCGCGGCGCCUACGGCCGCUACCUCUUCGCCACGGACGUGCAGGCCGCCACGGGGCCCGGCCACGGCGUGCAGGCCGCGCAGCAGGCCCGGCCGCACCCGAACACGCCGAGGUGCAUGCUCUGGCAGGCCAUCCGGCGGGAGGGCUCCUUCGUCAUCCGCAGCGCCGGGGGCCGGUACCUCCGCGCCAACGGCAAGUACGUCCGGUGGCGCACGGCCGUCACCGUCGCCGGGGACGACGCCAGCGCCAUGCUGCAGUGGGACGUCGAGGUCGUGCCCCUUCGCCUGGACCGCCCUACCCUCCUCGAUCCACCGCCACAGCCGAUGCGGAGGCGGCGCCGCCCGCCGACGGAGGAGGAGGUGGCGCGGCAGGUCCGGUACAUCCCCGCCGGCGUGGACGGGGACAUAGACGAGACAGGGUGGCGGACGGUGCGGAUCAGCACCAACAGCCUCAUGCAGCUGCGCCUGACGCUGGCCAACCUGCUGGGCCAGAACCGGUCGGCGCUCCACACCACGCUCUGCGUCCGCGCCGGCGCCUACGCCGACCUCUCCCCUCUCCUCAUCGACCUGCCCAUCGGCAACGACCGCCUCGACAUCGUCGUCAUCACCCACGGCACACCAGGUCCGUAA